CUCCGUUAAGCACUGAUUGCUCCAGGCGAGACCCUCCUAUUGGUUACGCUGCUGAGCAGCCACCCGCGGCAGCCUUCGCCCUCAUAUUAUGUUGUGCCUCAAGACGGACAAAUGAGGACUUCUUGAGAACUAGACUCAACAUAAAAUUUUCCAUCCAGGAACUAAAUUUAAAUUUCACUAGAUUCUUUGAUGAUCAUUGCUCAUCUUGAUGUGUCACAAGGAAAUGAAAGAUCUCUGGUUGAUCUAGUUUACAGAAAAUGUUUGAGGAGGGAUUGAACCCAUCACCACAACCUUUUAAAAGGGCUCCAAGUUUAGGAUUCACUUUCCAGAUGCUGGCCAGUCUUUAAUGAACAGACAAUCCCAGGCGGGCAUGAGGCCAUGCCGCAGCUGACGCCGUGCGCUGAGUCGCGCGCGGCGCGGCCCGGCCGCAGCCGACUGCGCGUCUACAAGGUGGUGGUGCUGGGCGAGGGUGGCGUCGGCAAGUCGGCCCUGGUCCUGCAGUUCGUCAGUCACAACUUCAUCGAGUAUCAUGACCCCACCAUCGAGGACGCGUACCAGCAGCAGGCGGUGAUAGAUGGCGAGCCGGCGCUGCUCGACAUCCUGGACACGGCCGGCCAGGUGGAGUUCACCGCCAUGAAGGAGCAGUACAUGCGCUGCGGCGAGGGCUUCAUCAUCUGCUACAGCAUCUGCGACCGUCGCAGCUUCGAGGAGGUGGCCGAGUAUCGUCGCCUGUUGAGCCGCGUGCGCGCCUCUGACGACGUACCGCUGGUCAUCGUCGGCUGCAAGCUCGACUUGGACCAGCGGCGCAAGGUGACGCCCGAGGAGGGCCGGGACCUGGCCCGCGAGCUGAACGCGCCCUUUUUCGAGACCUCGGCCGCAUAUCGCCGGUUCGUUGACGACUCGUUCCACGCUCUAGUGCGUAUCAUCCGCAGCCAGGAGCGAGAUAAGACCGAGGAGGAGCAGCGGCGCCAGCGGCGGCGGACGGGCGUCGCGCCGCGCAUCCGCAAGCGCUGGCACCGGCUCUGCAGCCUCGUGUCGCUGGCGUUCCGGCGCCGCCGUCGCGACCGGCUCAAGUCGCCCGCCACAGUGUAGCGGCCCGGCCACGGCCGCCGCCGCUCGUCAGGUCAUGGUGCGUGACCUGGUUAGCAGAGUACGCCGACCGGCCAGCAGAGGCAGCUGCGCGGGUCAUUCCCUGAGGUCUCUCAAGCAGCGGCGAGCAGCGGCCGGCCGGCGAGGACCGCUGCUCUGCUGCCGAGCGUAGCGUUGCUGCAGCGCCGCUUGGCUCGGGCCCAGCGCAGGCCGCUUCAGCAGAUGUUGCUCGGCGCCUCGGCUACGUCGGCGCCGCUGUGUACGCGCCGCGGGACCGUGCGGCCGAGGGCCGUGUCGGUCGCCGCCCACGCCCUCCCUGCGCCUGCG